UAUCGUCGAUGUUGGUAAGUCUAAAAUCAACACUAUGAUAACGAGCAGAACGUAUAAUUACAAAUUUUUCGACGGACGUUAUAUUAUGCUAUUUUAAAAAUAAUUUUGUUCAUGAUUCAGAGAAUAGAUACCCUCAUAGAGUAUUAUUUAGAAAUAUAUAUUUUGCAGCAUGUGGAAUCGAUGGACGUUUCACUUUGAGUAUAAUAUGAAGGAGAGUCACCAGAAUUGCAGUCAGCUGACCGUAGUGGUUGCUGCAGCAGCGAUGGUAACGUUGGCAAGCACCCUGAAAAUCGUGGCGGCCAACGAAGGCAUCGCAGACGACUUAGCCGGAGAUUAUUGCGCAAAAGUUGGAUGUUGUACUGAGAGGCGGGACGAGGGUUGUUCUGCGCCAAUAUUGGGCACGAUGUGCUAUUGCGACGAUUUCUGUUACUUUAACCGCACCGGGUCCAAUGACUGUUGUCCGGACUUUAUGUCGUUCUGCAAAGGCGUCGAAUCACCUCCGCCGGAACCACUGCUAAACAACCCCAAACCAAAAUAUACUGAAAAACCGAAUUGUAAUCACGGAGAAGUGGUGAAUAUAAACUGCAAUGAAUGCCGAUGUCGAAAAACCAAUGAAAACCCGACGCUGAUAUGUAACCAUAAUGAAUGUCUUAUCGAUCCUUCACUCUUGGACGUGAUUAAAAACCAAAGUCGUCAACUAGGGUGGUCUGCCAAAAAUUACAGUGAAUUUUGGGGUAAGACGUAUGACGAUGGACUUAAGUGGCGGCUAGGUACACUGCAAUCACCGGAAAAGUCAUCUUUCGAUCUCCGCAAAGUUUUUGGUGAUAAUAUUACCGAUCCUGUCGAUCAGGGUUGGUGUGGUGCGUCCUGGGCUAUUAGUACUGCUCAAGUGGCCACCGACCGUUUUGUUAUAAUGACAAAAGGACUGAUGGGCGACGCGCUGUCACCGAAACACCUGUUGUCCUGUAACAAUCUUGACCUACAACGAGGAUGCCAAGGCGGCCAUUUAACCAGUGCUUGGAAUUGGAUUAGGAAAUUUGGACUUGUCACAGAAGAAUGUUAUCCGUGGGAUGGUAGGGCGACAGGUUGUGCGGUGUCUAAUCAAAGGAAUAACAAUAACUUGAUCGUGUCAUGUCCACGUUCGGCCAAAACUGCGCAACUCAGACGAGUUGGUCUGAUGUACAGGGUGGCCACAGAAGAGGGUAUUAUGUAUGAGAUCAUGAAUUGGGGAUCAGUUCAAGCCAUGAUAAAAGUGUCCAAAGAAUUUUUCAUGUACGAAUCGGGAGUAUACAAGUGUUCAAAGUUGGCUUCAGGAUCGAGAACAGGAUACCAUGCUGUAAGGAUUGUUGGUUGGGGUGAAGAACAACAGAAUGGAAAAACAGUCAAAUAUUGGAUCGUUGCAAAUUCAUGGGGACUUUGGUGGGGUGAAAAUGGGUACUUCAGGAUACUGAAAGGAACCAACGAGUGUCAGAUUGAAGACUUUGUUGUAGCCGCGAUGGCAGACAUCGGGAAUUUCUGUAACGUUGCGGAUUGGCCAUUCAGAGAAAACGCUUCAUACACAUUAAAUGGCACCAAAAUCGAUAUUYCUUAAGAAUAAAUUUAUACAUAAAAAGUAGUUCAAUAAAUUCAUAAAGYAGGAAAAAUGGAACAAUGGAAUAACAAUUAUUCAUAAUAUUAUAUUAUCGAAAURUAUAUCUUAUUUUUCUGCAACUUCGCCUUCCUCUUAAAUAUUUGGGGUCGGCUAUCUUUGUCUUACAUCUCCACUUUUUUCAAUUUUCUACAUUCUCUAUGCACACACAUCAUUCUCAAUAGUAUCUAMCCAUCUAUUUAUUGGUCUUCUUCUUCCUCUUUACCUUUUAAUGUUCAUUUUCAUAACUACUAUUAUACCGUCUUGUUUCCUCUUGCCUCAUUACAUACUCAAACCAUCUCAAUCUAUUUUUUMUCAUCUUGUCCAGUUUCGACGCUACACCAUUACUACUUCUAACGCAGUGGUCCCCAAUACGCGGCCCUUAAACAAAUUUAAUGGGGCCAGCACUAAAAUUAUAAAAUUAAAUUAUACAUUCUAAAAUCUAAAAUCCCAAGUCCAAUCCAAUUCCAAGAAAAAACGUUUGUGUCAUUCAUGAACUUUUCCUACAAUACCCUUUCUUAACAAAAUAUUCUGUCUCAUUUUAUUAUUAUUAUUUAUUGUUUUUACUAUAGUUUUUUUCAACCAAGCCAACCAAUCCCUCUUAUGUACCCCUCUAUCUAUUGUGCUUAUUAUACAAAUAUUUUAUAAAGAUUGUACUAAUUAAAAUAAGUAUGACAAAAAUAAAAAAUAUGUAAGCGGCUCGCAAGUGAUUUUCAAAAAUUAUAUUAGCCUAACUUUUUUAAAAUUUAGCUUUCAGCCUCAUAGGAAUUCUCUUAUCACAUAAGACGCCUGAUAUUUUUCUCCAUUUCACCCACCCACCACGUUUCUUUGUUUUCUGGUAAACUAUUUUUGAUUUCACCAACAACCAUUUUUGUUUUUUGCUAUAUUCAUGUAUACCUUUUUAACGGGACGCAACUAAGGUGACCCGAUAUUUUCAACACAAGUGGGCCAUCCUUCCAUUUCCAAAUCUCAUUUAUAUCUCUCUCAACAUUUCACCCAGCUUUUUAUUUUACUUUCUUUGUAAAUGUUUUUUUCUUUAUUUAGUAUUGAUUUCCACCACCUAAUUCUGCUCUCCUUUUCGGUCUUCUUUUUUAAAAUUUAAUACACUCACUCUCUUUCCACUACACCAUACUUUCAUUAUCAUCAAUCUAUACUGUGUUAAUACACUCUMUCUAAGAAUUAUUUUACAAUCUUUUAAUAUUUUUAUAUCACCACAUAAAAUAAKCUAUUUCUUAUAUGAUGUUCUUUUUUUCUAAAAUACGUAUUGAUUAUUGCAAUAUCACACGAUGCUGCAAAAUACAAAACUUUUUCUCCAGCCUAAUUUAUCUUGCUAAAACCAYGAUUUUUCAUACUCUACCCUAUCACUAUUUACAUGUCCAUUCAUAUCACCACCAAUCACAGCAUCAUCAUCACCUGGUAUUCCUUGCAUCAUCUCAUCCACCUCUCGCCAAAACUCUUCMUUUUCUAUUUCUUCACAUCCUACUUAUAUAUAUUAUAUAAUAAUUCCAUCACAUUUUCUCCUUACGUUGACUAUCUUUAGUUUUCAUCUCUUCGUCCAAUAUUAAUCCAACACUAUUUUUAGUACUAGUCCURCUUGAAUAUAUUAUCUUAAAGUUGCGCUUUAUUCCGUGUCUUCUGUUUCCCGAAAACAUAAAGACAAUUUUUUUUAACCAUUUUCUGUUUAUUAUCAGUGUUGCUGAAUUAUCAUGCGAAUUUGAACUAAAUUUUUAACGUUCAUUCUAUAUUUAUUACUAUUUUUAACACCAGAGUAUAAAUAACUCUAAAUAAACGACUGUAUGUAACUUUUA